AUUACAUUGCCAUACUAUCCUCAAAUUAUCUGCCUCAUCCCGAGAGACUUGGCAAGAGCAGUUGCUUGUCUACAAGCAAGAUCAACUAAGGUCCAAACAUGGACAAGAAGUUGGACCUGUCCAGACUAACAGAAGAGGAGGCCAAACAUGUGUGGGAAGUCAUUCAGAGAGACUUUGUCCUCAGAAAGAAGGAAGAGGAGAGGCUUGGGGUGCUUAAAUCCAAAAUUGAGAAGGAAGAAACAAAGAGGGAACUCCUGGGGUCUCAGUCAAACCUGACCGACUCUCACUGUAUCCACUGCUUGCAGCCCUUUAAGUUCCUGGUGAACAGCAAACGGCAGUGUGUGGACUGUAAACUCUACGCCUGCAAGACCUGCAGCCGCUACAACAAAAAGGAGCGUGGCUGGGUAUGCGACCCCUGCCGUAUGUCCAGAGUCCUGAAAAUUGGAACUUUGGGGUGGUACCAUGACAAUGUACGCUCGCGCUUCAAGCGUUUUGGCAGCGCAAAAGUGAUGAGGUCACUGUACAAGAGAUUAAAUGAAGAGGGGCACCGUGAUGAUGACAUACAGAGCAUGCCUGAUGUGCGCAAUGUAUAUAAUGGUCAUGAAGAUGAACAUUUGGAUGCAUCUGAAGUGCAACGUUAUAAGCAGAUGCGAAAGACCAAGCGUCUUCUCUCUGUCCACCCCAUGGAUCUUGACAUGGAUGAUUAUAGCACUCACUCUCGCAGACAGUCCCUCCAGUACAUCCAUGAAGACAGAGGUCAGCGGAAUGAUGUAGAAUACAACUCUGACAUAUACCAUCACCAUUAUCAUCGCAUGAACCGCAGGAAAAGUCUUGACAGGUUCUCGCGCCCAGAUGAUGGCACAUACUCUGAACACAGAAUGGUACGUGCUCGCUCUCUCUCUAAAAUCAACUCCUCUGUGGCUCCACGCCCGAUCUACCUGGAUACUUCAGAGGAGGAUGAUGCAUUCAAUUACCCCGUAUAUCAGCUGCCCCCACGCCGCCACAGUCGAGCAUCAUCUCAGGAAAACAUUCAUCAGAGUGCCCCACCGAUCAAUGAACUGAACAAGAGAAUGUCUGCCAUUGAGAGUCUCUUAAAUCGACUGGAAGAGAAAAUGACUUUGUCUCCUGAUCAGCCUGUUCAACCCACAGCAGGGCAGAUGGAGGAGGAGAAGCUGAGGAGAAAACUAGAUGAGCUGAUGAGUGACAAGGCACUUUCCUCUGAUGAAGAUGAGCCUAAGAGGCCUCCUCAGUCCAAAGGAUCUACUGUGAGGGGGGACCAGGGACCAGUGGCCCCUGCAUCCCAAGAACCCCUGAGCUCAUCCAGUGAUGAGAUGUCCACUGAAGCACAAAAGUUGUACAUGACUGCAGGGAAGUCCUUCAAUAUGGUUAAAAAGUUGCAAAAGAUUGAACAGAAUACCAAGAAUCACUACGGAGGCCCAUUAACUGAUUCAGAGCUCUCUGACCUGGAGGACCAGGUUACUUUGGCAGCUGCCAAAGUUCAGAGCACAGAAAGUGAGGUAUCAGACAUUGAAAUCAAGAUAGCUUCUCUAAGUGCUAAAGGAUUAUCAUUUGAUAAAGCCAAGAAAAAGGUGACUGCACUGACUAUACAACAAAAAAGGAAGAUUUCUCAAGACAGAGUACGCAUUUAAGUGUGAAGAACAUCAUGCUAAAUUCUUUAACAUUUUGAGUAUUCCCUAUGCCAUGAGAUCUGUGCUUGACACUUGAUAUCUGUGCCUAUAUUACUAUAUUUCUUCAUCAUAUGUUCAAGAUAUUUGAAAAUGAUCUUGACUAAACACUAGUAAACCCUUUAUCUUGUGUAAAUUGUAUUUAGCAACUUGAUCAAAUCCCAAUUUAGCUCAAAUUAACAUUAGUUAAAAUGAUAAAAUAGUUUACAGAAAAUAGGUGUCUAAUAAGAAUUCAUGUCAAGAAAAUAGGAUUAAUUUCUGUUAAUGUCUUACUUUCCCUGCUUUGUUCUUCAAAUUGAUUUUCCAAAGAUUUUAAUAAUUAAAUUGGGAUGGGGUAUGUUUUUCUUUAGUCCAUUUACAGUCUUUUUGGAGGUACACUAAAGAUGUAAUUUUAUCAAGCUAACCAAACACCCAGUUGUACCCUUAGAAAAUGCAAUGUAAAACAACCUGUUUGUGAUGCAUUUGCUGUUUGAAUGAAGAAAAAGAAAAAACCUAAGAAGACGUUAAACUACUCCAAAAUGUUUUGCUGGUCUUAGCUGGUCACCCAAUCUGUCGGUUAGUUUUAAAAAACAGCUUGGUGAGGCUGGGAGACCAUCUUUUUCAGCAGGGUUUUAGUAUUCUAGUGAGCAUUAACAGAGGCUUUAUUAUAGAUAAUGCAGGGAAGAAGGGGAUAAUUGUUGGAUUCUAACCAGCCAAAACUGAUCCCCCCUUGCUGCAUUUACUUUCCCCUUGGGGUCGAUUGUUGAAGACUGUGCUGACCUCUAGAGGAUACUUAAAAAAAAGGCUAACACGUUUAAUCCUAUAUAGUAUAUACUGUCAGGGCCGUGCACAGACCUUUUGAGGGGCAUGUGCUGAAACUGAAAAAGGGCACCCCCUCCCUUUUUUUAUAUCAAGAUUAUUUAGUAAAAAAUAAAUUAUAUAUAUUCUCUUUUUUAGCUAUUCUGUUUGGUUUUAUAAGUUAAUUUGUAUUAUUUGUUUAACAUGAUUAUGAAUGACAUUGAGAAGAGGGGAAGGUGAGCGAUCAGUCAAGUAUUUUUGACAAACUUUUUUAAAAUAUAAUUUAAGUAAUUAUGUCCAACUCAAUUCCAGAUUAUAAGAAACUAUAGCCAUACCGUUACUAUAACAUAUCCAACAUGUAUCCGCCUACCUGGCAAAAAUUUGAUACUGUGGUGGACCAGGGAUGUUGGUCUCUUAUUCACUACACUUUCCCUAACAUAAGCCAGCAAUGAAAAAAUAAAUAAAAAUAGUGUGAAAAGUACAGUUGCAGUGAAAAGCAUUUCUGAAGGAUCACGUGACACUGAAGCGUAGACUGAACUGAAGUAAUGAUGCUGAAAAUUCAGCUUUGAAUUUCACAAAAA